CCUUUCAAUAUAAUGGCCGGUUGGGAGGAACCGCCAGUCCAACUUGGCCAAGCAACACAACACUUCAUUUUAAAAUGAAACGUUGCCCCAGGAAAUGUUGCCAAUUAAUUGGCCAUGCAUUUCAAACUGAAACCUUGUUAUUUCAAUUCAAGCACUCCCUGCAAGGAAACGUGUCCUUUGGUGGGAAAAACUGCCAUUACCAAAUUCAAUGCAACCGGUCCAUUAAACCUUUGGUUCAACCAAAUUACAUGCAACCAGUUCAUCACAUUUUGGUUCGACCAAAUUCCAACAAUAUGUUUGCAGACUUCUGAUUGGCAAAAUGACGUAGAAGAGGCAGUUUUUACUCCUUGUAAAGCCUAAUGGAAAAGCUAUAAAUAGGGCACUAGAGCUAGAGUUCGGGGGAGGGGGGGGGGGGGGGGGGGGGAGAGACAAGAGGUCAAGGAAGGGUCAAGGGUCAUUACUCUGUUGACAUAGCAAACCUCGAUUAGGGAUGGCAAUUUUGACCUAACCCGAUUUACCCGACCUGUUUGACCUGUUUUGGGGCGGGGCGGGGCGGGGCGGGCAUGGGUACCUCUCAUCGACCCGACCUGCCCUGACCCGCCCCAUUCUCGACCCGUUCUUGCCUAAAUUACAUAUUAUAUUAGUUAAAUUACUUAAGAUUUUCCUCUUAUUACAGUAUAUUUAGCUAUAAUAAAUUUGUAAUAAGUGAAAACCUCAAUUUCUUCAAUAAUUUAACUACAUUUUAUCAUAUUAUGGUUUCUUUCUUGGUCUUUCAAUGAAAAGAACGAAUAUUUCUAAUAUUUUUCACAUAAAUUACAUACCCAAUGGGUCGACCUGCCCCGACCUGCGCCCCGUGAUAAAUUACCCGACCUGGACCCGACCUGCCAUGGGCCGGGUAUGGGUAUCGAGAUACCCGCCCCGGACCUGCCCCAUUGCCAUUCCUAACCUCGAUGAUUUGGUAAAUACUAUUAUUUGGUUUCUAUAUGUGUAAUGCUUGAUUUCCUCUAUUUCGUUAUUUGUUGAUUAGAAUGAAUGCUUAGGUCGACCUUGUACUCCUUCGAGGUGCAGAGAUCGAAAUCCUAGUCGUUUAGGAUGGAUAUAGAAAUAGCAUUCCUACUCAAUCAAACGUCAUAUCGCCUAAACGAAGAAAUUUAAAGGGAUCUUGUCGCCUAUUAGUUUGGGUAAAUGAUUAGACACAAGGUGAGAUCUAAUGAAAUAAGAAAUCGGCAGCUCUUACGUUUCGAUCAUCGAGGGUGCGUGGUUAGGAAACCUACAGGGAUCGACACCUAUGCAACACCUUCCUUCCUUGCUCUUUAAUUUCUUCAGUAGCCUUAGAUUUACUUUUUUGCACCUGCUUUAUGUUUGAAAAGCCUAAGUUCUGCAAAACUUGAGAAACCUCAAACUCCUAAAUUGACCUCUUCUUUAAUAGAACCGCACCUCGCUUUCGAAGUAAGAGUUCUGCGAGAGGCCUGAGGGAAUACGAUCAUGGCCUUAGGGUCAGGUAAAUUUGGUCUACACUAUACGACUAAUCGUUCGUGAAUUUCAGGGAUGGUAGAGGAUUGCUCAGAAAUACACUCAUGAGCUGGAAUAAUGGAAGAAAAGCUAUGGUAGGAGACAGUUUUUGAUGGGGAUGGAGGAAUAUGGAGAGAUGAGCUGAAUAUGGAAGAAUGUGUCAAAUCUUGUAAGAUGCACAUUGAUGCUUUGAUUUUAUCAAGGCCAACUCAGAAAAGGUACAGUUUGGUGAGAAAUGAAUGCAAACCUUUCUUUGAGUGGUGAAAAGGCGGGCUCGUCGACGAAGUUUCAAAAAAAAAAAACUCAGGAUCAUUGCAGCGGUUUGCCGACAAAGGAGAGGACGAAUGCCAACUAUUUUAUGAUCUUUGAUGAAGGGCGGAGAAUCCUGCACCGGAUGGCAAACAACCAAAUCUGCAUUUUUCAACUCAUUGUGUGAGAAUAUCUAGAGAGAUUACAAUCAUUAAGUUUCUCGACGAGUUUAGUGGUGUUUGGUUAUUGAUAAAGUAGAACAAAAAGCAGGAGAGAGUCUCGAAAGAUAGUAGCAGUAAGAAAAAGAAGAGAGUAGGAAGAAGUAAGGAGAAGAGGAAGGGAAGAAGAAGAUAAAGACAUAAUAAAGAAAAAAGAGAAGAUAAUAAAAGAGGGAGAUACAAAGGAAGAGAUUAGAAUUCUAUUAUAUUGCUCAGUAUAGCAAAAUCAUAUUUAUCUCAUUUAGCUAUUACAAAAUAAUUCUUAAACUAAACCUUAUCACAAUUGGAUCUUCAAUCAUUAUAGAUGUAGUCCCCCGUUGUCUAUCUUUUUUUACUCUUGAAGAAAGGUUUAUGUGCAUAGAGGUACAGUGCCAAAUCUUCUAUAUAUCUUGUUGUUGUUCUGGAGUAUGUCACUGCGAUGUAAUUUUCUCAGUAUCAAUUCUCUUGCUUUUCGUUGAAUUUUGUCGUCUAGUUUCAUCCUCUUCAUCACGACGAGAUUGAAUUUGAAUUAUCCAUAAAAUUUCUAUCCAUUCCAUCUCAUCUGUCUAUGCAAUAAUUACAUUUUUGCAAUGGAAAAAUAAAGGUCUGAUUGAAUUGCAAAUUUUAAUAUUUUCAACAGGUACUAGAACUGGCGGGGAAUGCAGCCAUAUUGGACAAGGAUGGUGGAUGGUUUAGGUCUUUAGGUUGGGUUCAGUUUGUUUUUAAUUAAUUAAUUUAUGACAUGAAUGUUGAUAGGGAAAAUCAACAGAAUUUUAUAUGGAGAUGAAAGGUAGUGGCCUUUUUGUUAUAAACUCUAAUCUAUGUUACCUUAUCAAGGAGAAGUGAUUUUGUCAAGGUAGUUUAGCGAGGGAAAAGUCAAAUGUAUGUGACCAUAAUUAUUCAAUUUUCCUUAUUGGACAUUAAUCAUUGUUUCAUAUAUCUCGAGAUAUCUCAUACUAGUAUCCAAAGCCGUCCAAAUCGGGAUUUUACGUAAAAUUGAAUCGACCAUUAUGAGGUCAGUUGAUGAAAUGAAUGAAAUUGAAGUAUAAACGUUGCCCCUUCUUUUUGUUUUGGUUGAAACGAUCCCACAUAUGGCCAAGAACUUGUUGUGAAAUUGAAGUGACUAUCUGUAACCAAAAAAUAUACUCUCGUGCACAAUCCAGGAGGUUUUGUCUCCUUUCUCAACUAAACCUCCUUAGUCCCUAUAUGAUGUGUUCUUAUCUUCUUGAUAAGAAAAAGAUGAGAGUAUUUUGGUCUUGGUGUAUUGGAGACCAUAACCUUUGAAAUUUUUUAUAUAUUAGUUCACCAAAAGCUCCCAUAAAAUUUUAGGUGAAUAAGUAUUGGGUUUUCACCCAUUUAGAUCGAUAUCAAUACAAGAUAUCUUUGAACUCGUUAUUUGAAUCACUAGCAAUUAGCCUACUUAACCAAAUAGCAAAUAUUAGGGUAUAUAAAAUAGGGUUAUAGGUAUAAUAUGUCUCUCUACUAUACAGUUAUAUCAAACAUACUCCUCUAUUAUUUUUUACAUCAAACACACCCUCGCACUUUGAAAAAAUGAUCAAACAUGUCAUUCUAUAAAAUUUACACAAAAACCAUCAACCAUGUUGAUCAUUGAUUUGAGCUACACAAAUGUCUAAAAUAUUCCUAAUAAUUUCACUUUAACAUUUUUUUUCUUUUGUGUAUUCCAAUUUCUCUAAUAAUUUCACAUAAAUGAGACCUAGAGAAAUAAAUAGAAGGGUCAAAUCUGAAAAAUUCCCUCCUGUUUUGCCAAAAUCGGGUCAUUGAACCUCGAUUUGCCCGUAGUUAGACAAAUUUUGGAUAAAAUUUCUAACUGUUGAUGUGACUUGAAUCAGACUAUCAGCCGUUACGACUGGUAAUCGGGGGUCUCGCUGCCUGGUCAGCGAGUGGGGUCCAGGGGCAACGCCCCGGUGGGGGUGCGGGGGCAACGCCCCCGGCCCACGGUGUAUGGGCUCAAUGUUAUUUGGGUUAGUGAACCUCGAUAAUCUGUUAUUUGGGUUAGACCCACAUGGAGAAGUACUAUAAAUACUUCUCAUACUCCUCUGUAAUCUGUAAUCUCCUCGAUAUAGUGAAACUGACUCUCUCUCGCCCGUGGACGUAGCUAACACACAUCGUGUUAGUGAACCACGUAAAUCGUGUGUCGUGUUUUCGAUUCUCAAUUUCGUAUUCUUGCUUUGUCGAUUCCUGCGAUUUUUCGAUCCGUAGCAGCGCGUUUAUAACACUAACAAAAUGACAUGUUUGCUGCAAAAAACUUGUAUCGAGCUCCACCCAAUCUUUUUUGUUAGGCCUGCUGCACCUGCCACUGCCGAAAGAAAUAUGGUUACGUAACGUACGUACGUAUAAAGUAAUCAAGUAGUCCAAAGUUCAAAGAGAAAGAGCUCCCAGCUAGCUAAACAGCUGACAGCCUCAGGCCUGCUCUUCGUCCGUUUACAAAUGGGAAUACAUACGCCGAUAUGCGCUAUACGAAAGCACCUGGAAAUAUCUGAACUAGGUAGGUGCAGAAGACUUGGUUCCUAGCUAGCCGAUCGAGCUCCGUCCAACGUUUUGGCUAGGCCUGCUGCUGCCGCUGCCGAAAGAAAUAUGGUUACGUUAUGUAUAUGUCUACAAACUAACUAAUCAACUCCUUGAAGACUUCACCGGCUAGACCAGCUCUGGCCUUCUCUUCGUCCUUUAUUCAUUAUUUACUUACUUGGCAUUUUCAAUUUGAUUCAGGGGAAAACAAAAAGAACAAAACGGCAUGCUAUUAUUAUUAAUGUCGCCAAGUUGAGUAGCUGCCUGCCAACUGUUGUAUCUGGUCUCGAUAUUUUGGAGACAAUUAAGCGGUAUUAUUAACCGUAUUCAUUCAUUGACCAAGUACUAGUUUAGAGUUUUAGCUUUCAUUAAUUGUAAUUAGCGCCUGCCUGCCUGCUCGCGUGAUCACUUGAGUUGAGUUCACAUCUGGUGCAAACCAUUUUGCAGCUAGCUGCCGAACACCACACAAGUUGCAAUAUAUAUACCUUGCCCGAUCUGCCGAAACCCCUUGUUAUAUAGGUUAAUUAAUUAGGUUUUCUUCAAUUAACUUCGGAGAUCUAAAGGACACAUACAACUAGGCAGGUAGCUAGCUAGCUGGUAAUCAGAUUAACAUAAAUUAAUUACCAAACAUUAGUUUAAUGCGUAACUAAUUAGAGCCAGGCAUAUCGCAUCAAAACGAGUUGCGAUCCCCGUUGGUUGAGAUAAGAUGAGAGGGCAUUUCUAGGUGCAGCGGCUUCAGUUUCAUUCUUACCAAGAAAACAUGUAUAGGGAACCGGCCUUCUCUGACCUCUCUUGUUAAAACAACUAAUGAUGUAUGUAGAGGUGACAAUUUCAAUCCAAUCCACCAAUCCAAUCCAUCAAUUCAUUAAAAAUAUCCACCUAAUCCAAUCCAUUUAAAUCCAAUCCAUUUUAUCCAAAUCCAAUUGGAUUGGUGGAUUCAUGGAUUGGAUCCAUGGAUCAUUGGCAAAUUACGGUUUAGUACCUAUAAUUUUUAUAUUUUACAUUUUGGUACCUAAAAUUUAAUUUUUUAUACGAAAAAUAUCAUUGGAAAAUUACGUUUUGAUACCUAAAAUUUUUCAUUAUGACAUUUUAGUACCUAAACUUUUUACAUUUUACAUAUUGGUCCUUGAUUGAGGAUGUCAUUUGGGUUCAUGGAUAAUCCACCAAUCCAUUAGAUCCAAUCUAUUUGAUCCAUGGAUCCACUAAUCCAAUCCACCAAUCCAAUCCAUUUGCCACCUCUAGAUGUAUGUCAAGUACUAGUUCGUUCCAAUAAUUUGAAUUGUGUCGAAAAUAAAAAGAGACGAAAUUCUGGAUGGACUGGCGCAUGUUUGAAUAGCAAGGAAGUCUUACUCGAUCAUGUGAAUGAAUAGCCAAUGGUACCGAACCCCCAAGCAACCAGUCGUUGAUUUCGUGAAUGAUCAAGGUGAGUGGGACCUCCCUCGGCUCACUCAAUUCCUACACCAUGAUAUGGUUUUGCAGGUUCUUGAUGUACAACUCCCGAGAGAGGGUUUAGCAGAAGAUUGCUCCAUCGGGGCCCGCAAAAGGGCAAUCGAUUCAGAAUUCGAUCGACUUAUGAGUUGUCGACGAGCCACAGCGAGGUAGAGCCAACAAAUCUUUGGCGUGAUGUCUGGAUCUGGAAAGGACCAACGAGCAUCACUCAUUUCCUUUGGUUGGUGACCUAGAGCAACUCUUAAGGAAUGGAAAAUGCCAUAGACCACAACUCACCAAGAGGGCAACGUGCGUGAUCUGCAACAACGAACAAAUAAAAGUCUUGCAUGUGUUGCGGGACUAUCAUUUUCCUCGGCUAACUUGGAUGCAAAUAAUCUCAUCUUCUGAACACAGACACGUUUUUAGAGCACCACUACAGUGUCGGCUACAAUGGUACCUAAGAUAGCAGUACACGACUUUAGAGUUUGGUGUUAUCUAUUGGUGUCUUUGAAAACCUAGGAAGGAAAGAGUAUUUACAGGCAGAAUCAUCACAACAUAAUGCUUUUGGAAGUGAGUUCGGGCAUGGUUAAAUGUACUGUAGAUGACCAUAGACCAGGAUAGGCUUUCUCAUCAUUCUAAUCUUCCUGCGAUAACAGAGGUGGUGAUAACGUGGAAGUUGCCCCCCUUAGUCGGUACUCUCAACUUCGAAGGUUGUAGUCACACAACCUCAAGUCCUAAGCAACAUAUGGCUUGAUUUGAGAUCAUGUAGGAUGUUGUUUGGCACUGCUUGCUAUGAAACAGAGUAUAUGUUCCAUAGUUGAGAGUACCACUAAAAGGCCUUUAGUUAUCAUAGGAUGUUGGGCGCGGGAGAGUUCAAGUGAAACUUGACUCCUAGUGCGUAGCCCAGCUGCUUCAGAGCAAGGACAAUAGCGUCUACCAACAUGUUACUAGCUAUUAUAAAGUGAUUUUAGGGGCUAUUAGAUAAAGAAGGAAGUUAAGAUUUUCCACACUUAUGAAGAGUGUAAUAAGUGUGUAGAUUAUUUGAAUAGCCAAGGACAUCUGCUACCAUUUCAUUUUGUUUCGUUAGUUGAUCCUAUACCGUGUCAUUUGACCUUGUUUGUUUCUUAGGGGAUCUUGGAACUUUGGUUAGUUAUGAAUGAAAGAUAGGGUGCUCUUUGCAUCCAUUUAUAAUAGGGGGAAAAGAACAGAAUAUGACUAAAUUGAAAUUUUCUCAGUAAAUAUGUUUUAUAAGGUAAUCAUUCAAAGGAUUAGGUAGUGUAUAUUCAAUAAGAUUAGGUACUUGUAUCUAAUUUAGUUUUUAUCCGUUAAAGUCAUAAGUCAUAACAGACUUUCCGCUUUCUUCCUUAGUUCCUUUGUAUAAAAGCUGAUUAACUACAAAUUAAUUAACCGCUUUUGCAACUUAUCAAUGCGAACUCAAUGAAUCAUAAUUCAAUUUCUAGUUUGAUGUUAGAGCUACAAUGAACUCAAAUAUUCCUCUCUUUAGUUUUUUUGUUUUUAUUUUCCCUUAUGCUAAACCUAUAAUUUUCCUCCUAUGGCGGCUUUAGUAGAUACUUUCACUUAUGGAAAUGAUGACAUCCCUCCAAUGAUAAUCACUCAUAUUGAAGGAUCCACUAUCAACGCAACACCGAUUUGAAACAAUGGCAUACUAAUCACUGAUCCUUUGAGCCCAUUUUCAUCCAUCUAAGUAAAAAUUGGGGGUAGUGUUUGGUUUCUUAGCCGCUCACUAAAUUGAAUUCUGCCAUCAGAGAUUGAUGAUCCUCUUACUUGAUGUCAAGAAAAAAUUCAACUUCUUAAAUGUAAAGAUCUCUACUCUUCCAGUUUCUUCUUACUACGAAUCAUGAAGUCGCAACAACAAACUAGUAUCUAUUUCAAUCGAGUAAUAUACCCAAUAACUCAAUCGAGUAAUUGGGACCAACCGAUUCCAUACAUACAAACUAGUAUCUAUUUCAACAAGAGAGAGGCCAGAGGGGGGUUACAACUAGCUCGUGACCAAUAUUAGUUAGAGAACCAAUAAAUGAAGCAGAUCAAUGAGAUGAAAACGCUUGUCAUCAUUAUGAUUAGCUAGCAUAUAAAAAGACAAGCAUCCGUACUAGCAAACAGAGACAAGGUUGGAUUGCACGCAAGCCGGACAAAAUUGAAAACUGAGAGAGAGGCAAUUUUUAGAAGAAAAGGCUUCGAGAUAGCAGGACAUGGAAGGGGACGUGAUUAUUGGGAACUAUGAUCACUCUGAUAUGAUCUCCCACCCAUCAAUUCCAGAGCUAUGCAGCUAGCUGUCUGCCCUCUUGCUCUAUAUAUGCCUUAGUUUCUUCCCAUUGUCUCCCUCACCUCGAUCCUCUUAACAUUCUAUUAUACUAAUUACCACCUCCAUCCAACUUGCUCUAUCUACUUUGACCCCCUCAAACCCUCUUAAUUCCCUUCAGUCUCCAUUGUUCUGCUCCGUCUCCUUCUUUGGCCUGUAUUCAUUCCGAUUUUGCGAUUCAUUCAAAGAUGGGGGAAGCGUGUUCGCCGUUGUGGACGCCCAAGAUGAACAAACUGUUCGAGGUGGCGCUGGCAAUGUACGACGAGGAUACGCCGGACCGAUGGGAGGUCAUUGCCGACGUUGUCGGGGAAGGCACUACCCCCGACGAAGUGCAGAGCAGGUACCAAUGCCUAGUCGAUGACGUGGAGCGGAUCGAGACCGACGAUGUCCCCCUCCCCUUUUAUGAUGAUGACGACGAUGAAGAUGAAGACUGCUCCGCCGACUACGAUUACGACGACGACUUCUCCGACGAGGAACAGAGGUUGAAGGAACUGGAGCUCGAUUGAUAGCUCAUCAGCUGCUCAAGCUGCAAAUUUUUGGACUGCAUCUGAUAAAUUUCUAUCACGGGUUUCUUUUUUUUUUUUUUUUUUGUUAUGGUUGCCCCCCAAAUUUUGCUUUGAUAUGGUCAGUGGGGGGAGCUAAGUACAAAGGGAUUCUCCUUGGAAUCGACCGAGAAAGACUCUCCUUGACUUUGGAACUUAUUUUUCUUCUUUUUGUCUGCAACGGCGGCAAGAGAGAUGUUUGGCUGUGUGCGUCUUAAUAUCCAUCGAUUCAGACAAUAAUAAAUUAUCAUCAUUCAUUUUAUUUUAUUGUUCUCCCUCUCCAAUUGUUUCAUUUUUCUCCGGCUUUGCGAAUGCAUAUGGAAUGAUCGUAAUAUGGUAGAAUAUAUAAUAUUAUAUAUAUAUGGACAAAACUGAGAACCGGCCCAUUGCAAAAAUAUCUCAGUAACAUCGUCCAUUAAGCUUCCUUUUUUAGCACAAAAUAAAAUAUUUGUGGAGCGCAUCAACAAGAAGAAUUACAAAUCGACACAAAGUCUUGAUGAAGCCACAAAGAGAAUGGAGUGAUCUCUGUUUCCAUUCAACCAACGGUGCCACUAAAAAAAAGAGAGUCCUAAUAAACACUUGCUCACAAGUCACAACGAAAAAGACGAUCCAUAAUUAACAACUGCCAUCUAGGAUGGCAAAAAUAUCCGUAACCGUAGAUAUCCACCCGAAUCCGACCUAAUUGGGUAGGGUAAAAUUCGAACACGAAACAUUUUUGUGGGUACGGGUAAAACUCGAACCCGAAUAUUGUGGGUAAUAGGUGGGCAUGGUUAUCUCACUAUCCAACCCGAACUCGCCCGAUUAUACACAUGCAUAUGUAUUUUGUCUAGAAAUAAUCAUUGUUUUUCCCUAGAAUAUUUUAUAUUUAGCAUAUAAAUAUAAUAUUUUCAUGAAAUUAUGUUGUUUUAAUUAAUUUUCGUCAUUCUAGUGAAUUAUUGUCGUACUUUUCCUCUUACGUAAUGUGAAUAUACGUGUGAAUGUUAACAUAUUGGUUGGAAUUAUAAGGAGAAAUUAUAUCCAUGGAUACCCGUGGAUACCCGAAACCCGAACGGGUAUGGGCAUGGUUUUGAUUUUCUACCCGUUUCUCGUGUGGGUACGGGUAUGGGUAAAACCCGAACUACAUUGGGUAGGGUAACGGAUAUGCACUAUCCGUCCCCGACCCAACCCAUUGCCAUCCCUAUUGCCAUCUAAUCGGAGGAGGUGCUAAGAUCAGAUGAUUAGUGGGUCGCUUAGUCACUUGACUAAGUCAAUCUCAGCCCUUCAAUUUUAUUAAAAUCUAAUGGUUUUAAUUAAUCUCAUUUAGUGAAGGACAAUAUAAUAAUUGCAAGACAUUUUUAUUUUUUUUAAUUAUUAAAUAAAUGAACAAAUACCUGUACUUCUCAUCCCGCCUCCGCUGAUCAGGUCCGGCAUCCCUCUGCAACUCCUCCGGCGACUUUACCUUCUAGGGACCAGGCGGCGAUCCUUUCUUCUGUGCCUUCCACUUUUUUGUUUUUGUGGGAAUAUUUUUCCCUCCAACCUCCUAUACGAGAGAGAGAGUUUCGAUUGCUUUUCUGACGACGGCGAAGGAGUCUGACAACCAGAGACGGCAAAGAUUGAUUUCCGAGGACGGUGCUGGAUUCGUGAUGUUUGUUGACCUAUUUUGUAAUGUUUAUAAGUCCAAUUUGUGAUGUUUAUAUCAAUUUGGUUUGUAUCCUUUAUCUAUCUAGUUUGUUAUUUUUAUCUAUUAUGUUUGUAAUGUUUAUAUGACUAUUUUGUAUAUAUUGUAAUUUGUAAUGUUUGUUUGUUGAUUUUGUAUAUUUUUAUGCUAUGAUUUAUAUACUUUAUAUUAAUUGGUUUGUAAUGAAAGUUUACUAAUUUG